CAAUCGUGUAAAUGGCCUCUUGGCGAGCUAUUGGAACACUGUUUACCAUGGAUUUGAUUAUCAUGACAAUUCUGCUAAGCAGCUGCUUUAUUCGCGUUCGGGAUUGCUAGCCUUUGAAUGACACAGCUACGGACGACGUCCAGACUAAAAGAUGACACGGACGUUGGACGGACUAACAGCAUUGGUUUCGACGAACUUUUGGUUGGCCAUGGCGAAAGAUCCCAUUCGAUCAUUCCAUUCCUUCCAACUGGUCGACUUACUGCUUUUGAGUGCUAUUGUUGUUGCUAAGACAACCAAGUAAGCAAGGAUGGAGCAAGCGUAUCUGGGUCAAGGAACUAGUGUGGACAAGGGCGAAAAUGCCCGUUUGUCGUCGUAUGUGGGAGCAAUUGCCAUUGCCGAUUUGGUCAAGACCACCUUGGGACCCAAAGGACUCGACAAGAUGCUACAAAAAGUGGAUCCUGCCAAUUCUCAUGGUGCCGCUCUCACAGUGACCAACGACGGCGCCACCAUUUUGCGUUCCAUUCAUAUCGACAAUGCAGCCGCCAAAGUCCUCGUCGACAUUGCCAAGGUACAGGAUGAACAAGUGGGCGAUGGGACUACCAGCGUGGCCGUGCUGAGUGGAGAACUCUUGCGACAAGCCGAAACAUUGGAACAGGAAUAUCGUCUUCACCCCCAAACCAUGGCAGCCGGGUGGAGAUUGGCCCGUGGUAAGGCACGAGAAGCAUUGGAACAACAUGCGAACGAAAUGGCAAAACGUGGAGGAGAAGGCGAUGAAGCAUUUUUACGCGCCAAUCUACUGCGCAUUGCGGAAACCACACUCAGCAGUAAAAUGGUGACUUAUGAAAAGAAACAUUUUGCCAGGUUGGCGGUGGACGCCGUUAUGCGUCUCAGUGCCAAAGAUGGUGCUCCUCGUAAUUUGAAUCUCAUUCAAGUCCUCAAAAAACCGGGUGGCAGUUUGAAGGACAGCUAUCUAGAAGAGGGAUUCUUGUUGGAUCUAAAAUCGCCUGGAAUUGGACAACCUAGACGCGUGGAAAAUGCCAAAAUCUUGUUGGCCAACACCAGUAUGGACACGGACAAGAUCAAAAUGUAUGGUUCUCGUGUUAAAGUCGAUCGUUUGGAUAAGGUGGCCGAAAUUGAACGGGCCGAAAAGGACAAAAUGAAAGACAAGGUGGAGAAAAUUCUGAAACACAAUGCCAACGUCUUUAUCAAUCGACAAUUGAUUUACAAUUACCCCGAGUCGAUCUUUGCCGAACAUGGCAUCAUGGCCAUUGAACAUGCCGAUUUUGAAGGUAUUGAACGAUUGGCGGCCGUCACGGGAGGAGAAGUCGCUUCCACAUUCGAUCAUCCCGAACUGGUCAAGCUGGGAGAAUGUGAUGUCAUUGAAGAGAUCUUUAUUGGAGAAGAUAAAAUUUUGCGAUUUGGUGGAUGCAAGGUAGGAGAAGCCUGCACCAUCGUGUUGCGUGGAGCCAGUACACAUGUCUUGGAAGAAGCCGAGCGCUCCCUUCAUGACGCCCUUUGUAUCUUGUUGGCUACGCUUGAGGAUCCCCGUGUCAUUUGUGGAGGAGGAUGUACGGAAGUUCUGAUGGCUCAAGCCAUUGAUCGUGCGGUGGAAGAGACCCCGGGAAAACAAGCCUUGGCCAUGGCCGCCUUUGCCAAGGCGCUCCGGGCUCUACCGGCCAUUGUGGCUGACAAUGGCGGAUACGAUUCGGCGGAAUUGAUCACACAGCUUCGAGCGGCUCAUGCCCAGGGAAAAUCUACCUACGGAUUGGACAUGUACAAUGGCACCAUUGCCGAUAUGACCGAAUUGGGAGUCCUAGAAAGUUACAAAUCCAAGUUCAAUGUUCUGAUGAGUGCCAGCGAAGCUGCCGAGAUGAUUGUCCGUGUGGAUGAUAUCAUCAAGUGUGCACCACGACAGAGAGAGGAACGAUAUCCCGGAAUGGGGAUGUAAUUAUCAAGUCAAAAUCCGCCGAGUCAAGCAGACUACAGAGCCCAACCAAGAGUCAGAUAGAAAGGUACAAAUUAAAUUUACUCCAGGGUUUUCUGCCGCUUUCGAUGUCAC